AUGACUGAGGUGAUUAACACACAGGAACCUGUGAUAAAGGACUUCAGUGUAACUGGAGCAGCGUCAGGGGAUCAGGGCAUAUCCUUUCAGGUGAGUCUACUGUUGCCUCAAUCCAUCCAUCCAUCCAGCCAUCCAUCCAUCCAUCCAUCCAUCCAUCCAUCCAUCCAACAGUCACUCAACCAAGAGAUUAAGUGACAGCCUAUCGAUUACAAAUGUGCCUUUCAUUUUGGAUCUUUCUUGUAAAAUGUUGUAUGAUCUCUCAUUACAAGGAUCUCAGAUGCUAACUUCAAAUCCCUAUUAGAAAGAAUAAAACACCCUAAUAAAGAGUAAAUCGACCCUACUUUUUGUGUCCAGAUUUUCCCAGAUACCCAUGAGCGAAAUCCCAAGCUGUCCAAGAGACUUCCCUCUAUUGUGGUGGAGCCCUCUGAUGGGGGCAAUGUGGAGAGUGGGGAGCUCCGCUGGCCCCCUAAGGAUCCCAACUCUGCAAAGGCCCCAGGCGGCAUGCAGCCCCACAAACACACUCCUCUUCAGACCACACAGGACCAGACCGUAGGUAGGAUAACCUGGCAUGAUAUUCUGAUUACCCCAAUGUAAAGUGUGUGUGUGAGACUCUUUCCCUAUGUGAUUGUGACACCUCUCUUCAUGUGUCUCCCGGAUGAAGAUCUGAAUCUCGGGGUGCAGGACAGCAGUGAAGUGGUGUAUGGGGCCGUAGUGGAGGAAUCUAACUGA